AAUCUGAUUACCGAUUCUCCACCACCACUAUAGGUCGUAGCUGCUUGCUCUCUCCUCACUUGCUACCAUUACCCCGAGUCACCGCUUAGUACGCGAAGGCGGGAAAGCCAUGGCACUUUCCAUAAGGCAAUUUCUGUACCUCACGCGGUGCAAUCCCCAUGUUUCGUUCUCUUCUACUUCCCUCGUCUCCACGAUGCCUAAUUGCCGCAACCACCUCUCUUUCUCCCUUCGCAAACGCAAUCAAACGGUACUUUCAUUCCCGGUAGCCAAGGCCUCCGCUGGCAAUGGUGGCCUCACCGACGAUGACGGCGAUGGAGUCUCUCUUGGGACAAUGGUUUUGCCUCCGGAUACUGACCUUCAAAGAUUCGAAUCCUUGCUUUUUCAGUGGGCGAACAGUCUUUGCCAGGGAGCCAAUCUGCCACUUCCUGUGCCUCUGAAGGUGGACAAAAUACGGGGUGGAGCUAGAUUGGGUUUUAUAACGGUUGCAGAUGGGAAAACAGAAGUUCUUGUGCAUAUUGACUGCUUGGUUUUUCCAGCAACUGAUAACUCUGCUCCAAUUUUCCGUGCCAUAAGAAAUGGACUAAAAAAAGAUGAGGAACCGCCUGGUGAGCCCAGAAUCAUGAGGAGUCUUCUGCAGGCCCUUAAGAGGUCCGUUGAGAUCGCCAGAUUGUGAAUAUUGUUUGUUAUAAUGUACUCGUAGAAUUUUGAAUUACCGAGCUGAUUUCGUGGACUUUAUUAUAAUGUACCUAUAAAACGUCCAUUAUCAUCGAGCAUUACUUGGCAAUUAUUUCA